AUGGGCACUUUCUUCGAGUCGUUUUUUUGGGUCACCGGCGUAACUCUCCCGAUUGGCAUUGCCAGAUUUGCCGCCGCGAACUUCUUCUACUCGGAUGUCCCGCUCCACCACGACAUGGCACUCCAGAUGGUCAACACGGUCAGCGACUGGUCAACAAUCACACACGCCCUCAACCUGGGUUGCAGCCGUGGAAUCCCCUUGAACGCCAUGGUAAUGCAGCUGAAGAAAGAAGGGAGUUCGGGUCGAGUCGUCGGGUUGGAUCGGAACAAAAUGACGACGUUGAAGACGCUACGCACCGCGAAGAUUGAGGGAGUAGGAGAGUACGUGACGUGCAAACAAGGCAACGUCCGGAGCUUGUCGUUCGGCGAUAAGUAA